AUGGGUAAAGAUCAUAUAAGUACGGGAGAUGAACCUGACCCAAAAUCUCUGGUUUUAGAGCUGUCCGACGAUGACUCCAAUGGCGAAAGUGGUAAUUCGGAUAGUUCUGAAUAUGAAUCCGAUUUUGCUGGGAUGGAUGACGAUGCUAUGCAUUACUAUGAAAGAGCCAUUCAAGAAAUUGCCAAAGGUGAUUCUUAUGUGUGUAUGAUUUGCACGGUUGAGAUGGAUUACACGUGCCAAAUGUAUGCUUGUAAGCAAUGUUAUAGGGUCUUCGACUAUGAAUGUAUCCGUGAAUGGGCUUUGAAAUCCACUGAAAAAACUGUAGAUAGAAUAUGGAAGUGUCCAAAUUGUUACCAUGUCAAUAAGAAGGUGCCUCCAAAAAAUAGGCCUACGUGCUGGUGUGGAAAAGUUGUGAACCCUGAACCAAACCCUUUGAAUCCAAAUUCGUGUGGUCAGACCUGUAACGCUCAUACAUGUGUGCAUGGUUGUUCCAAGAUUUGUCAUUUGGGACCACAUCCUGAGUGUACCAGGAUCAUAACUAUAAAAUGUCGAUGUGGAAAGCACACAAAAGAUAUUUCAUGUUACCAAUCAAGCUUGCUGAGGGGUAAGGACAAAUUUCAAUGUGACGAACCUUGUGGUUUACCUUUGGCGUGUGGCUUACAUAGAUGUCAGAAGAAAUGCCAUUCUGGGCUAUGUGGUAUAUGCCCAGAAAUUUUAAAUACAAAGGAAUAUCUAGAUGCCCAUAUUAGAUGCUAUUGUGGUUCACAAGAUCGAGACACUAUCAAAUGUAGAGACGUUCAUGUUCCCCUAUCUGCCAGUCUUUCUCAAAAUUUAAAAGGUGAGAAAUGGGUAGGUGUGUUUAAAUGUGACAAUAUACGAAAUGUUGACUAUAAAUGUCAUGAACAUUCCUUCGUCGAACAAUGUAUUGCGCCACCAACCAUAGAUGGUACCAAACCGUGCCCAUUUUCCCCCAAAUUACUCAAAACUUGUCCCUGUGGUAAAACACCAUUAAAGGAAUUGGUUGAGUCAAGAAAAAAGUGUACAGAUCCAAUUCCAACUUGCGAUAGCCGCUGUGGGAAGCCUUUGAAAUGUGGAAGGCAUACGUGCCCCUUUAUCUGCCACGUAGGCCCAUGUAUGGAUCCUUGUUUACAAAUUGAUAAGAAGAAAUGUUCAUGCAACCAACAAUCCUUUUUGGUCCCAUGCCAAUUCCAUCAAGAUCCACAAUGUACAACUAAGUGUGAAUCAUUGAUGUCGUGUCGUCGUCAUAGAUGUACCGAAAGAUGUUGUGCAGGUAGACCUCGUGCUGAAGCAAGAAAGAAAAGACUGUUUAGAUCACAAGACUUGAUGGACGAAUCAUUAGUUGAACCACAACAUAUUUGUUUGAAGGAAUGUAAUCUAAUGCUUUCUUGUGGUAAACAUAAAUGUCAAAGGAAAUGUCACCCUGGUAAAUGUCCACCAUGCCUAGAAAGUGAUUCUAAUGAUUUAGUAUGUCCCUGUGGUAGAACUAUCAUUGAGGCUCCUGUUCGUUGUGGUACUAAGCUGCCACCUUGUCCGUACCCUUGCAUUAAAGUGGUACGAGGAGAGUAUCCGUGUGGUCAUACACCAAUGCCGCAUACCUGUCAUCCACUGAAUGAACCGUGCCCACCAUGCACUGCAUCCGUCUUUAAGCCAUGUAAAUGUGGAAAAGUUGAUAAAGUUAGAACGUUAUGUUUUCAAAAUGACGUCUCAUGUGGUAAAAUUUGUGGUUUACCCUUAGAAAACUGUAAUCAUACUUGUCAAAAAAGAUGCCAUUUAUUAGGGGAAUGCCAAAAAACAUGUAAACAAAUAUGCAAGAAAAAGAGAAUUAAUUGUGAACAUACUUGUCUUAAACCAUGUCAUGGAAAAACAGAUUGUCCAGAUAUCCCAUGUUCUGUGUCUAUAAAGAUAACCUGUGAAUGUGGAAGAAAGGAAACUUAUGUUACCUGUGGUGCAACUUCUACUAUUCCAAGUGCAGCUACUAAGACUCAUAUUGAAUGUGAUGAAGAAUGUGAAUUAUUAGAAAGACAUCGACAGUUAAAGGAAGCAUUUGGUAUUGUUGAUUCCAAUAGAUCUACCAGUUUAGAGGUUGAAAAGUUGAAAGAUUUGGCUAAAGUUGCCACUACAUUCGAAGAACUGCAACUUCCAUAUAACGAAACAACAUUAUCCAUAUAUGCUAAGCAAGAGAAGUGGUGUGACCAAAUUGAGGAGAUUUUGAACAAGCUGAUGGAUGAUAAGGCACGUCCAAGCCUACAUUUUAAACCUAUGAGACCACCACAGCGUCAUUUCAUACAAGAGUUUGCCAAAUCAUUUAACCUGUAUGCAGAGGCCCAAGAUCGUGAACCCAAAAGGUCUGUUUUUGUUAAAAAGGAGGAGGAUGGAUCUAGUUCCAAGCCAAUUAUUUCCCUUCAUGAUGCAUUGCCGUUAUAUCAAACAUUCAAGGAGUUAGAAAAGGAGAGGAAGUUAAAGGAAUUUGAAGCACGUACAACAACCAGAUUAAUUAACGUUGAGGCUCCACAAGAGGAUAAUGUGUACCAUGCGAAGUAUUCUGGAUUUCUAAUAAAAAAAAUAUCACCUGGGACCACUGUUGAAGAUUUACAAAGGAUUUUCGGCCAAUUUUUGACCUCUACAUUGAUAGUAAAUCCUCAGUACUUGAUUAUCCAGGAUGGUAAAGAUGCUUUAAUUUAUCCAGAAAACUACCAAGAGAUGUCAGCAGGUGUUGAGCGUGACUUAGAGACUCUUGUGGGACAUUUUGAUUUUAUCAGCAAGGAAAAUUUUAUAGCCGAUGGUGUAGAAUUAUGUGACGUAGAAGUAGCAAUGUUGGGAGAACGAUUAGAAACUCCGAUAUUGGAAGAAUAA